UUAAGCAAUGUGUUCUAUUUUCUGGGCUAAUGAGAUAUUACUUACUAAGAAAUGUAUUUAAAGAGGCUGCAUUUUUUGUUGCAAUGGUUUUUUGUCACCAUGCCAUUAUUUUGUUUAACUCGGCUAACCAGCACUCUAGCUGCUUUGCCAUAAUAGAAAUGUCUGAUGAUGCAGCUGAGACACACUCAUGACUCUUAUACUCCAAUACUAGUGACACUGCAGCUGAAGGUGGAAAAGCCAUUAUCUUGAAGAUGAUGUGACUACCUGGAGACCUUAACAGACUGGAUGAUAUUUUUUUUUUAUCCAGCUCCAGAAAACGGAUUGAGCAGCAGUGUGAUGGUUUUAUUGCUCCUAAAGUCCAGCUUUUUUCCACUAAUCCUUGAGAAAUAAGACUGGAGAGAUAGAAGAAAGAGGAAAAUUGGAACAAAACGACCAACUUGUCUCAGACCUUUAACGGUGAGGUUCCAUGGACAACAAGUGGCAUUAUAUCCUGAAGAUCACCUGGUACAGCAAUUAAAGGAGAAAUGAUCUCUCACUCAUCAGAUUAAAGAAAACAUGCUGCAUCAAAAAAACAUCACACUUUUUGCUUUUUUGUCAAAUAUAAGCUCAAUUUUGAGAACACUACCUCCAUCAACAGGACCUCAUAAUGAAACAGAGUUUUCUCUUGGGAGCUAUGACAUCACCCAACUCACUGGAAACUCUUCUUAUGUCACAGUGGAGAUCAAUAUUUCAACAACUGGAAAUGAUACCCAAAGGGAUUACUUAGGUGGGCACAGUAUAUGGCAGGUUGUUCUGAUAGCAUUUUUCAGCGGGACAAUUGCCCUUGUGACUAUUAUAGGUAACAUAUUAGUGAUUUUAGCUUUCAAAGUUAAUAAACAGUUGAAAACAGUGAACAACUAUUUCUUAUUGAGUCUUGCCUUUGCCGAUCUUAUCAUUGGUGUCAUUUCCAUGAAUCUUUUUACAACCUAUAUAAUUAUGGAUCACUGGGCAAUGGGGAGUCUUGCAUGUGACCUUUGGCUUAUGAUUGAUUAUGUGGCCAGCAACGCAUCUGUCAUGAAUCUUUUGGUAAUAAGUUUUGACCGAUACUUUUCUGUUACAAGGCCGCUUACUUAUAGGACUAAGAGAACCACCAAAAGAGCAGGCAUAAUGAUUGGUUUAGCAUGGGCAAUAUCAUUUGUACUUUGGGCCCCUGCUAUACUCUUCUGGCAGUACUUUGUGGGAAAGCGCACUGUACCUUCUGAUGAGUGUUUUAUUCAAUUCCUCACAGAACCCAUCAUUACGUUUGGAACUGCUAUAGCUGCAUUUUACCUUCCAGUAUCCAUAAUGACAAUCCUGUACUGGAGGAUCUAUAAGGAGACUGAAAAACGGACUAAGGAAUUGGCAGGGCUUCAGGCUUCUGGGGGUAAGGGGGAAGUGGCCCAAGGCUCUGGGAAAAUACGAAAGUCUAGAGGCAAUAGCAAUAAUAAAUUCCAGAAAAAUCUUAAGUUCUCUUCCAAGAACAAAUACAAAUGGAGUGCUUUUCAUUCUAAAACAAAGCUCUGCAAACAAGAUAUAAAGCGGAUAGAGCAGGACCAAAGUAGUAAUGAGAGUUGGAACCAUGUUGAUGCUAAUGCGUCUCUUGAUAAUUCAGCCACGUCUGAUGAAGAAGACAUUCCUGAAAAUCCGAGAACAAUUUAUUCCAUUGUGUUAAAGAUUCCUGGACAUAGCUCAAUGCUUAAUGCUACGAAACUGCCACCAGCUAAAAGAAUAAAUAUCUCAACAAAACAUCAGAAGACAGACACACAUCCAAAGGAACUAAAAUUUAGAAAUAUAAACUUACAAAAGAGUCUUGGAAACAAAGAAACACUGUCAAACGAGUCAAAUGCAUUAGUUUCAAAUACCCAAGUGCCACAAACAGUGACAUUGGCUGCUCGGACAAACGCACCACACCCGAUAUCUUUUAAAGAGAUCACUCUAGCUAAAAGGUUUGCAGCAAAAACACGAAAUCAGAUCACAAAACGAAAACGGAUGUCUCUUAUCAAAGAAAAAAAAGCAGCACAAACCCUUAGUGCAAUUUUGUUGGCAUUUAUUGUAACCUGGGCUCCUUAUAACAUUAUGGUUUUAGUCAAUACGUUUUGUGAAAGCUGUAUCCCACGAAUAUACUGGAAUCUAGGAUAUUGGCUUUGUUAUAUCAAUAGUACGAUUAAUCCAAUGUGUUACGCACUUUGCAAUAAGACAUUUAGAACAACUUUUAAAUCAUUAUUGCUUUGUCAGUGUGGCAAAAGAAAAAGGCGUACGAAGCAAUAUCAAUUGACUAAGCCAAUUAUGCAUAAACACAUGCCCAAUGAAUCAGCUUAAUUCAUAUAUUUUAUUAGAUUGGUUUAUAAGAAUGCCACUUGCAGAAAAA